AUGGACAAUAUUCGAGUACAGUUUCCAGAAUUGGUCAAUAUCGAUGAACGAAUAUGGAACGAAGUUUAUCAAGAGACUCAUUUGUACCAGCAUACCGCUGCUUAUAUUCUUCUCGAUCUACAAGAAUCUUAUCGUGUUUGUUGGCGAAUCCAAAUGACGAAAAGAUGUGCUCAAAUGUUGUUAAAAUAUGAAUCGACAGCUGUUACGCAACUCUAUGAAACUGGAAUGUUGGGCGAAAUCGAAUAUUCCCAUAUUCUUGAAUUAAUCGAAAAUAAAUUGUUUGAUUUGGAAUUUUUCCGUGUUAAAAUGCCAAAAGGUCAGCCGAAAGCUAUUGAAAAUGCUUUUGAUUUAUUGGUAACCUUUCGAUCGAUUCCUGAUCAAGAACGGGUAAUGUGGGAAACAAUUUUAAAAUCGAAACAAGAAUGGUUUCAACCAGGGGAAAUUUUAUUAGAAAAAGGCCAAACAGUAUCUACGGCCUAUUUGAUCGCUCGUGGUAUUGUUCAAUGUCAAGUGGAUGCGAUGCCUAUCUAUUACCGAUCGGGCAAUAUAGUGGGUAUCGAUGCUUUGUUCUCGCAAAAUUUGACUGCACAUGGUACUUAUUCUGUCAGCGGUGGACUUUUGGAAGCCUAUCGUAUCGAUGCGACAUUAUUAAACCAAUUAUUAACUGAUGAAAAUUUAGCUCCGUUGAUCUACCAUGAAAUUGCUUUACAUAUCUUGAGCAACAAUUAUCAGACACAUUUAAAAUUGAAUCGUUCAGAAGUGAAACGACUAUUGCGAAGUAGAGCGAAAUUCUAUCGAAAACAAUCGGAUUUAUUGAUUCGACUGAAAAAAAACGAACGAUUAUUUCUUCUCGCCGGUAGUGUCGUAUCUUCUUCCGAAGGACAAAACCAUCUCUAUGAUUCCAUUCAAUUUGAAGCCUUCGAUAAACCGACCAUGAUUCAUUUUAAUACAUCGACGGUUGUCUACACGUGGACAAAUGACGAUGAAAUUAAUUGUAGCAAGACUAAAAAUAUCAAAGUCCAUUUUCCGGUACAAACUUUUGGCUCAAUUUCGAACGAUUUGCUGUAUCCAGGAUAUUCGGGUACAAACACUGAAUUUUCUGGACGAAAACAUUUAGUAGAAUCGUUGCGCUUCGCAGAAAAUUUCAAGGAUGUUCAAGAGAUGCCAUCUGAAACAAAACCUAGUUUAGAGCAUAAAUUUUAA